AUGGCUGAAGGCGCACCAGCACAUGGAGCUGUUGCUCAUCUGUUACCCCAGACAUACAAACGAUACAUAUCGGAAUGGCUCGAAGAAGACACCCCUAGUUUCGACUAUGGUGGCUUCGUUGUUGGUGAGGAGAUAUCAGAGGCGAAGUUGUUGGGGAAGAGCGAGGGUAUAGUCGCUGGAGUGCCAUUCUUCGAUGAAGUGUUCCGUCAGUUGGACUGCUCCGUAGAAUGGCAUAUCAAAGAGGGUAGCGCUUUCCAGCCCAUCACCCACUGUGCCACUGUUAGAGGUCCAGUCCGCAAGCUUCUUCUAGGGGAGCGCGUAGCCCUCAACACACUGGCCCGUUGCUCCGGAAUUGCCACAAAGUCGAAUCGCCUUCUCGUCCUCCUUCGCAAAGCUGGGUAUCCCAAUAUCCUUGCUGGUACCCGCAAGACGACGCCUGGCUUUAGACUCGUCGAAAAGUAUGGCAUGCUUGUCGGUGGCGUUGAUGCGCACCGUGUUGACCUCUCCGCCAUGACCAUGUUGAAGGACAAUCACAUCGUCGCUGCGGGAAGUAUAACAAAUGCGGUGCGCGCCGCAAAGUCAGCAGGUGGGUUUGCCAUCAAAGUGGAAGUUGAGUGUCAGAGCUUCGAAGAGGCGGACGAAGCGAUCGCUGCUGGUGCUGACAUUGUCAUGCUCGACAACUUCACGCCUGACGGUGUCAAGGUUGCUGCUGCGGAUUUGAAAAAUAAAUGGGGCCGUGGUACAGGGGACAGGAAGGCUUUCUUGGUCGAGGUCAGUGGAGGGUUGACCGAGCACAACGUGGAGAAGUAUGUCUGUGGUGAUAUUGACAUUGUGAGCACGAGCAGCAUACAUCAGGGUGUGCCGCAUGUAGACUUCUCACUCAAGAUUGUUCCCAAGACGAAGAAUUAG